AUCAGCGAUCUCUGGGGUGAACAUGGCGGAGACCGUCCGCUCGCUCUUCGACUACAGGGAGACACACAGCCUGGACAGCAACGGAGAAGGCGUCAAACCGGCACCGCCGUUGCGAGGGCGCGGCUGUGGGAGGAAAAGGAAAGGGACGCCCGUGAAAGUCUUUGUCACACACAUUGAGGAAGAGAGCGUGCCUGAACACAGCUUCAGCCCAGGUGAUCGUAAAGAAGUAGCAGAGAAUAAGCAGUCCAUGCUGGACGGGCCUUUCUACAACACGGAGCCCGCUCCCCACUACUGCGGCCCAGUGGCGCAGGCUCAUGACAAAGUCCCAGCUGGAUACAAGACCAGCUCCGCCUCGGCCUCCACGCCGGCCCCAGCUCCCGCUGCUUCCUCGGCCUUGACCCCAACGCCGCUGCCCGCUCCUGCACCGGCGGCCUCGGCCCGGGCCCCGUCUCUGACCCCCGCAUCGACGGCUCCGGCCCCGACGGCCGGCUCGUUCCUGCCGUCCCCGAACUGCCGCAUCCGGGAGGUCCACUGUGGAAGCCAGGUGCGGCUGGUCGUCAUCGCCAUCCGCGACAUCACCAAGGGGGAGGAGAUCACCGUGGACUACAGCCUGACCGAGUGGGGAGACAACUUGGGUUUCCGUGGGACCAUGUCUCCAGGGCAGCACGAGUGUAAUUCCGACACAGAGAACAACAACAACAAUGUCAAAAAGGAGGAAGAGCCUCUCUCUCUGACAUCCCAGCAGCAACAGCAGCAGCAGGAAUACGUCACCCCCUCAUGGUCCCUCUCCCCCUCCUCCUCCCCCAUCUCCCACUCUGACGCCAGUGACUCAGACGCUGGAGACGAAGACAACGGCAGCCCCCGGGGGCGAGCGCAACGCCGGCGCAAGAAACGGCGCGGCGCUCAUUCAAAGAAGACCCCCUACCGGACCCCGCCGCUGGUCACCCCCACAGGCAUUCCUCUUCACAACUGUCCGCUCCCUUUAUCCCACCCUGCAGCGAAGUCCUCCCCUCCCUGCUCCUCCUCUUCCUCCUCCUCAUCCUCCUCUUCAGCUAAGUCUGUGUUCAAAGCCCCGGCUCCGCUGGGCUCCAACACCACAGGCAACGUCGGCUUAAACAUCCCCAGAGGGGCGGUGUCCAUAGACUCCAUGCGCCAAACCUGUGAGCACUGUGGACGCCACUUCCGCUCCCUGGGUCGCCACUUGGAUAAGCACCACGCCCACCAGCCGAACGUGUGCUCCGCCCUGGUGGAGAGCUACACGCAGAUGCCCCGCCUGCACGCGCACAGCCCAACCCUUGCCACCGCUCACGCUCUCACUCUCACUCUGCAGCACUCUUUGGCGUCGCAGGCCGCGGGACAGGGCCCCGGUUCAGACCUCACACAGCUCGGUGUCCAGGACCUCUCCAUGGCCCCGCCCAAUCUCACAGCAGCCAACCAAUCCCCCGCCUCCGCUGGAAGAAACCCCACCCUGCCGGGCCUGACUCCCCCUCGAGGACAGAACGCAGUACCGGUGUCGGUCCUGAAGCGAAGCCCGCCACCUGUGUGCGCGGCGCAGUCGAGGAGGCUAAAGACAGAAAGGCCGGGGGAGGAGGAGGACGAGGAGGACGAAGACGACGUGGAGGUCGUGGAGGUGAAGAGGCCCAAAGAAGAGGAGGAGGAUGUUGAAGUGGUGUGCCCUCAACUCUUCAGCAACAUGUUGGCCAAAGAAAUGGAGCUGCCAAAAAUGGAGGAAAAUGAGGAGGAAGAGGAGGAAGAGGACGAGGAGAAUGGAGUGAUGGAGGUGGAAGAUGAAAGUGGGGCAGAGGAUAAGGAAAAGGACUUGCUGAGCGGCUCGGGGCGUCACCACAUGCUGCCCCUCCUCUCGUCCUUGUCCUCUCUGGUGCUGUACCUCCGGCGGCUGCAGCACUCGGCCUUCCUGUCGCUGUCCCGGCAGCUCCAAUCGGCCGAGGCCUGGCGCCUCCUCUGCCACUCCAGCCUGGCGCUCCUCAUCCUGUACAACCGGCGGCGCGAGUGCGAGGUCUCCAAGCUGUCCAUCACCGAGUAUCGCGCUCGCCUCACCCCCCAGUGCCCCGUUCCCGCCCCGCCCGGCGCCCCGCCGGCCCUCACUCCACUGGAGGCCUCCCUGUCCCCGUUUGAGCGCCUGGUGCUCCCCCACCUCCCCAGAGUGGGGGUCCAGGGCAAGCGUGGCCGCGUGCAGCCCCUCAUCCUGCCCCCUCACUGCGAGCCCUGCCUGGAGCUGCUCCUGGAGACGCGGCAGGACGUGGGGGUGGACCCGGCCAACCCGUACGUCUUCGCCAGGCCCUACCACUCCCCCGCCACGCCACUGCGAGGCACUGACCUCCUGCGCAGCCUGGCCCGCUCGAGCGGCACACGCAACCCCCGCGCCCUGACCCAGACCCGGGUUCGCCGGCAGGUGGCCAUACUGACCCAGCUGCUGCUGCUGGGAGAAGGGGAGGAGCCUGGGCAGCCCGGGGGCAGCGCGGUGGAGAGGCUGGAGCACUUCCUGGAGAGGGAGUACCACGUGACGCAGAACUGCGCCGGUAUUGGCCAAGACCCGGGCCUGAUGGGCCGGGUGGGCCGAGUGGUGCUCUGCGGGGAGAGAGACGGAGUUCUGUUCAGAGGAAUGAGCCUGAACCACAUCUGCCUGGAACUGGAUGUGAUGUCGGGAAACUCUGCUGACUCCUACUCCGAGGGAGAGUCCGACGGGGAGCAGGCCAAGGAGAAGACGGAGGCGCCCGCCCCUGCUCCGGCUCCGGCUCCGGCUCCGGCUCCGGCCCCCACACCCACCCUGCUGUAUGUCCGGAAAGGCAAGAACAACGGGCGGGUGGGGCGACCCAAGAAGCUCAAGAACGCGCAGCUAGCCGCACAGCCUCCGGCUCAGGCUCCGACUGGGAACCGCAGGAGAGGCUCCGGUCAGCCCAAAUCAGGAAAGCGCGGCGUCCUGAAGCGGCCCUGGUCGGAGGCGGAGCGUACGGCGGUGGAGGAGCACCUGAACCAGAACAUCGCUGAGCUCCGCGUUCCCGCCAAGGCCGACUGCGAGCGCUGCCUGCAGCAGUGCCCCCUGCUGGUCACCAACCACCGCGACUGGAGAGCCAUCAAGUUCUACUGCCACAAUCGCAUCCAGCUGCUGAAGAAGAACCAGCGGCGGGAAAAUGAGCCCAUGCCGCUCAUCGUCUGCUGAAGAGGGGGUGUGUGUGUGUGUGUGUGUGUGGGGUGGGGGGUGCAGGUGAUCAGAGCAGAUUCUCAAAUGGUACCCAGCUGCCCAGGAAAUUCACUAGCUCUGAGUUAAUGGUCCUACAUUUCAGUUUAUUUUCUAAUUUCGACACCUGAUGGUCAGUUUUGUUUUGAGCCGAACAACAACAACAAUAACAACAGAAACCUGAACGAUUUUUUUUGCUGCUCUACUUUAAAGGUCUUAAAGAAAAUGACACUAGAGUGCUGACGGGGCUCCUGGUCCGAGGGGGUCACAGUGCAAUUCUUGUCAAAAGCAGCGCAGCUGGACGUGUCUUCAGAGACCACGCCCCCGGCCGCAGCCUCUCUGGUGUUGUAUAUGGACUUCUCUCCUUCCGAUAGGGAUACACUAAAAUGUGCACGAGGGGGCGUUUGAGCCCUCCGGUGAUGUUGAACGUGGUGAAGUAGCGUCAGUGUUUUAUGCACUUGGAGACUUCCAUAGGACACACUUUCCUUUCUAGUGGCUGUAUAAUUAGAGUAGGCCGAACUACUUUUAACCUAGAAGAAUAACCAGAUCUUUCACGCAAGCUAGUUCGUCUUUUUCAUACUGCUGACUGUGCAAUUCUGACAACGGUUUUGCUGUAUAUUCAGACCAUCAUAUGUAACCGUACGGUACUGGGUGAGGACUUUUGUUUAAAGUGGAGCACCAGAUUACGAUGGAGAGUUUAUUUGACUUUUUCUUGACAAACUCCAGAGCGGGUUCCACGAGACGGACGAUGAAAAGGUUGCAGAAUGUAGUGAAGUUCCUCACAGAUGCCGAAGAUGUUUAGUUAAGACACAGAAACAUGAGAACUGUUCCGGAAACGCCGUUGGACCCGAGAAGUCAACAGCUUGGGUCGUGUUUCCUUUUGUUGUUUUUCCUGCCUGUUGCACAUUUGUUAUUCAAAGCAGUAAAAAAAGAAGAUAAAAAAGAAGUGCUGGAGGCCAAUGAGCAGGAUAUCACUUUAUUUGUGGAGAGGAGACUUCCCUUGGUUGUGUUUCAAAGUUUCUUAAAAAGUGGGCAUUAAUCAGAGACGUGAUGGUUCCGUUUGUUGCCACGUUCGUUGUGCGCGUCUUUCCCCCGUUGGCCUCCUGAACGACACGCAGCUCCACCGGACGAGAACCUCGAUGAAACCUCAAGACGGAUUACUUGAAGUUAUUUAAAUCUUUUUUGCUAAAUCUUUAUGUUCUCUCUUGCUCUAGCAGUGCCAGUUGCAUUGUACAUAACAAAUAUAUUAUCAAUAUGGCUAACUGGUUGUUUGUGCUAGACUAAAUGUAGCCUUGAUUUUUUUUCUCCAUUUCUGAGCUGUUGCUAUCUGUAUAUAAGCCUGUUUGUAAAUACUCAUCAGAGAAACAAAGAAAAAACACAAUGUACGACAUGCCUUGGUUAUGUUUUUUCUUUUUUUUUAUAAGUCUUAUAAAAAUGUAAAGCUCCA